AACCGCGGCCGGGAGGGAGGGCUAAGCGUUUGAUCCUUCACACUUCUUCCAGGCCCUCCUGCAAGUGCCCCCAAGAUAAAACCGAGUUUUGCGGGGUGAGGCCAGGAACCUGAGCCUUCGAGCUCUGAAUAGACCCAAGGCAGGAACUGGGAACAGGCUUAGGAAAGGGCGGCAGGGUACAGUGUGCUGUGCAGCCGGGAUCGCGCGACUGUGACCCCUGCGCAGGCCGGGCAGAUUCAGUUUCGAGGGUCACGGUUUCGGAAAGGACCCUGUACUGAGUGAUCCACGCAUGCAGCAUCUUUGGAUAGAGUCGGGAUAUCACAGUAAUACCUUGAGCGGAGCCAUUCUGUAGUGCCAUCCAGAGCAACGCACUGCCGCAGCUCCUCUGAGCCUUUCCAGCAAGUUUGUUCAAGAUUGGCUGUCAAGAAUCAUGGACUGUUAUUAUAUGCCUUGUUUUCUGUCAAGACACCAUGAUUCCUGGUAACCGAAUGCUGAUGGUCGUUUUAUUAUGCCAAGUCCUGCUAGGAGGCGCGAGCCAUGCUAGUUUGAUACCUGAGACGGGGAAGAAAAAAGUCGCCGAGAUUCAGGGCCACGCGGGAGGACGCCGCUCAGGGCAGAGCCAUGAGCUCCUUCGGGACUUCGAGGCUACACUUCUGCAGAUGUUCGGGCUGCGUCGCCGCCCGCAGCCUAGCAAGAGCGCCGUCAUCCCAGAUUACAUGCGGGAUCUUUACCGGCUUCAGUCUGGAGAGGAGGAGGAGGAAGAGCAGACCCACAGCGUUGGUCUCGAGUAUCCUGAGCGCCCUGCCAGUCGGGCCAACACCGUGAGAAGCUUCCACCACGAAGAACAUCUGGAGAACAUCCCAGGGACCAGCGAAAACUCUGCUUUUCGUUUCCUCUUUAACCUCAGCAGCAUCCCAGAGAACGAGGUGAUCUCAUCUGCAGAGCUUCGACUUUUCCGGGAGCAGGUGGACCAGGGCCCUGACUGGGAGCAGGGCUUCCAUCGUAUAAACAUUUAUGAGGUUAUGAAGCCCCCGCCAGAAGUGGUGCCUGGGCACCUCAUCACACGACUACUGGACACGAGACUGGUCCACCACAAUGUGACACGGUGGGAAACUUUUGAUGUGAGCCCUGCGGUCCUUCGCUGGACCCGGGAGAAGCAGCCAAACUAUGGGCUGGCCAUUGAGGUGACCCACCUCCAUCAGACACGGACCCACCAGGGCCAGCAUGUCAGGAUUAGCCGAUCGUUACCUCAAGGGAGUGGGGACUGGGCCCAGCUCCGGCCCCUCCUGGUCACCUUUGGCCAUGAUGGCCGGGGACAUGCCUUGACCCGACGCCGGAGGACCAAGCGUAGCCCCAAGCAUCACCCACAGAGGGCUCGGAAGAAGAAUAAGAACUGCCGGCGCCACUCGCUCUAUGUGGACUUCAGUGACGUGGGCUGGAAUGACUGGAUUGUGGCUCCACCAGGCUACCAGGCCUUCUACUGCCAUGGGGACUGCCCCUUUCCACUGGCUGACCACCUCAACUCAACCAAUCAUGCCAUCGUUCAGACCCUAGUCAACUCUGUCAAUUCCAGUAUCCCCAAAGCCUGUUGUGUUCCCACUGAACUGAGCGCCAUCUCCAUGCUAUACCUGGAUGAGUAUGACAAGGUGGUACUGAAAAAUUAUCAGGAGAUGGUAGUAGAGGGAUGUGGUUGCCGCUGAAUCAGGCCUUCUGUGGGGACAGACAGACAGACACACACACACACACACCCCAUCCACUACUCACCCACACACUACACAGACUGCUUCCUUAUAGCUGGACUUUUAUCUUUAAGAAAAAAAAAAGGAAAAAAACCCUAAACAUUCACCUUGACCUUAUUUAUGACUUUAUGUGCAAAUGUUUUGACCAUAUUGAUCAUAUAUUUUGACAAAAUAUAUUUAUAACUACAUAUUAAAAAAUAAAAUGAGUCAUUAUUUUAAAGGUAAA